AUGGACUUCCAUGACACGUAUGCUCCUGUUGCCAAGCUCUCCACAAUUCGUCUCAUCCUAGCUAUUGCAGCCUCUAAAGAAUGGAAGUUAUCCCAGCUUGACGUGAACAACGCAUUUCUCCACGGGGAUCUUGAUGAGACUAUCUACAUGGACCCACCUCCUGGUCUUACCAUUGAAAAGGGACAGGCCGCAAGUGAUCCUCUGGAUGACCCUACCACUUAUAGAAGAUUAAUUGGAAAGUUAGUCUAUUUGACCAACACCAGGCCAGACAUAAUGUAUGUUGUUAGUCACCUUAGUCAAUAUGUUGUUGCCCCCACAAAGGAUCAUCUACAAGCCGCCUUUCGUGUGAUAAGAUAUCUUAAACAAACCAUUGGUCAAGGCAUCUUUCUUCCUGCUCAUAGUGACAUCCACCUCCGAGGCUACAACGACUCUGAUUGGGCGAAUUGUGUAGAUACAAGACGAUUUGUCACUAAUUUCAUUGUUAUCUUAGAGAAUCACCAAUUAGUUGCAAAUCCAAAAAGCAAGCAACCAACUCCAGAAGCUCCUCAGAAUCAGAAUAUCGUGCUCUUGCUCAAACAUCCUGUGAAAUUUAGUGGUUAA